CAAAAUUGUAGAUACCAGUAAAAUUUCACAAUUCUCGACUUUUGACACACUUCUAUGUGUAUUUGUCUGUUGAAGCGCCAUAUGCCUCUCACCAGACGCGUGACAUUCUCAAGUUCAAGCUGGCUGUGCAAAACAGUGAAUCUAAUCGCCAUACCGGCAAAAAGUUCAAUUCAGAAAUGAAAAGAGUGGCAUUGUAGUGUUCUGCUGUAAAUGUGAAAACGAAAACAGAAAGGACAAUAUACAUUAUAUCUCUACAUAAGCACAUGAUGUGCAAAAAUCCUAAAAAAGGCGUACCCAAAGUAAAUUACAGGCUGUUCUUGAACCAUUUGGAGUAUAUGCAUGGUUUUGGUCUCUUUUGAAAGGUAUGUGUGCAGUGGGAGGUACAGUGAAACACUAACAGGUUAACAACUAAUGCUUUUUACAAAGGAAAUGAAUCGACACUGAACUCACUAAAGCUGGACAGUGACACUAUUUUCUUCUAGAGCUUCUGUACAGCUGAAAUAAACCUUGUUGCAUAAUUUUCCUGUUGUCAGUCUAAAGCUGCUUUGAAACAAUCUGUAUUGUAAAAAGUGCUAUAUAAAAAAAGGUGAUUUGACUUAUUAAAAUUUACAAAUUUAAAACUUACAAACUUACAAAAUUAAAACUUUCAUGGGGAAUGAAGGAACUGUAAAUCUGGACACAGUUUUCUGUCCUGCAGUAUCAGUGCAGUGAUUAGGAUGCAGUAUUACUGUGGUUUUUAACUGUGUCGUCUGCUUCUCUAUUAUGUAUAUUCUUUGAGUGUCUGUUUGAGGCUGACAUCUAGUGGACGUUUUAUUAUCUGUGACCUUUAGACUUGCAGAGAAACCUGUUUUCUACACGUCACUCAAACACAGAACCAGGAAACAGGAAUCACAUGAGUUCAGGAAAACUGAAACUGAAGUGUAGUUGAGCUGUUGUGUGUUUGUGUCUCUGUAUUCAUGCUGUAAAAUGGCAGAAGCCAGAAUUUCUCAGGAUGAGUUCUUGUGUCCAGUGUGUCUGGAUCUCCUGAAGGAUCCAGUGACCACUUCCUGUGGACACAGUUACUGUAAGAGCUGUAUUACAGGCUGCUGGGAUCAGGAGGAUCAGAAGAGAGUCUACAGCUGUCCUCAGUGCAGACAGACCUUCAGUCCAAGACCUGCUUUAUCUAAAAACACCAUGCUGGCUGAAGUGGUGGAGAAACUGAAGAAGACUAAACUUCCUGCUGACUGUUACGCUGGAGCUGGAGAUGUGCAGUGUGACGUCUGUACUGGAAGAAAACACAAAGCCGUCAAGUCCUGUCUGGUGUGUCUGAACUCUUACUGUAAGAAUCAUCUUGAACAACAUGAGAGUUGGUUUAAAGGAAAGAGACACAAUCUGACUGAAGCCACUGGACGACUGCAAGAGAUGAUCUGCCAGAAACACGACAAGAUCCUUGAGGUUUUCUGCCGCACUGAUCAGAAGUGUAUAUGUGUGCUGUGUACGAUGGAUGAACAUAAAAACCAUGACACUGUAUCAGCUGCAGCACAGAGGACAGAGAAACAGCACCAGCUGAAGGAGACGCAGAGGUUGUUCCAGCAGAGGAUCCAGCAGAGAGAGAAAGAUCUUCAGCAGCUGAGAGAGGCUGUGGAGUCUCAUAAGCGCUCUGCACAGACAGCAGUGGAGGACAGUGAGAGGAUCUUCACUGAGCUCAUCCGCUCCAUUGAGAGAAGCCGCUCUGAGGUCACACAGUGGAUCAGAGAUCAGGAAAAGACUGCAGUGAGUCGAGCUGAAGGACGACUGGAGCGACUGGAGCAGGAGAUCAAUGAUCUGAGGAGGAGAGACGCUGAGCUGGAGCAGCUUUCACACACACAGGAUCACAUCCAUUUCCUGCAGAGUUUCCAGUCUCUCUCAGCUCCUCCUGAAUCUACAGACGUAAAUGAUGCUCCCUUCAUUUCUCUCUCCUCUUUUGAUGUUGUGAGAGAAUCUGUCCGUCGGCUGAAAGACAAACUGGAGGAUUUCUGCAAAGAGGAGCUCAAGAAGAUCUCUGACAGAGUCACUUUCACCAACAUUGUUCCCAGGACCAGGAACGACUUCCUACAAUAUUCCCAUCAGCUCAAUCUGGAUCUGAACACAGUGAAUAAACACCUCCGUCUGUCUGAGGGGGACAGAGUGAUUACUAACACUAACACAGUCCAGCCGUAUCCUGAUCAUCCAGACAGAUUUGAUGACGUGUGGCAGGUGUUGUGUAGAGAGAGUGUGUGUGGACGCUGUUACUGGGAGAUUGAGUGGAGUGGUGAUGUGUCUAUAUCAGUGUCAUAUAAGAGCAUCAGCAGGAAGGGACGGGGUGAUGAGUGUGUGUUUGGAUCUAAUGAUCAGUCCUGGAGUUUGUUCUGCUCUUCCUCCAGUUACUCAUUCAGACACAAUAACAUAGUGACUAAACUCCCUGUAGAGUCCAUCAUCAGUAGAAUAGGAGUGUAUGUGGAUCACAGUGCAGGAACUCUGUCCUUCUACAGCGUCUCUGGAGACACAAUGAGCCUCAUCCACACAGUCCAGACCACAUUCACUCAACCGCUCUAUCCUGGGUUUAGGGUUGGUUAUAAACUUUUCAGUCCUGGGUUUUGGGUUUAUUGUUCUGGAUCAGUGAAACUGUGUUGAUGAAUCAGAAUAGACUGUAGAGAGAUUCUAACCAUAAUGCUUUGAGCUCAUGAUAAAUCAGUAACAGUGAGAUGUUAUAGAGUCUCUUAUUUUCUCUUCAUUACAUUAAUACUACAGCUGAACUUCUGUCAGUGAAAUAACAUGUCAGAAUAAAUGUAACGCUUUAGAUUACAGCCUGUAAAGUACUGCGUCAGUAAAUGAAUUUACAGCGUAAUUUCAGUAAUUAUAGUGGAUCUAUAGAGUAUGUAUGUGUAGCUAUAAGGGAACAAUAUGUAAAGUUUGGGGAAUAAAGGGAUAACAACUGGGAAAAUUAACAAAUUAUUUAUACUGUAAGUAUUUUAGAAUACUUAUUACAAUAUUUUAAGGGGAACAUAUUCAUUACUAUCUUACGUUUGGGAGCAAUUUAGCGAGAACAUACACUGUGUACCUUUUUGUAAUAAUAGUGGACCAAUACAUAAAGACUUUUUUAAAUGAUGGGGUUCAUAUCAGUGCAUUUAUACAGUUAUUCUUUAUAGCAAAAGUGCAGCUGUUUUAGUUUGAUCUUCUGUUCAGGGCACGUAAAACUAAAACCAUUGCAAGUUUUAAAUACUGAGGAAAUACUCGUUUCAUGUAGUUUAUAAAAAAUACACAAAAUCUGAUUUCACUGACUCUGAAACCUUUAUUUGAAAAACAACUGAAUUCAAAACAGAUUUACAACACUUAUUCAUUUACAAUCAUUUUAAAAAAUAAACUUUUAAUUUUAAAUACUAGUAAAAAUAAUUUAAUAAAUUGAUAAAAUGUCAGUUUAUUAAAAAAUGUAAAAUAUAUAAACCCAGAUCAUGUGAUCAUACUGUAAACUCUUGAUCAGUGAAAGUAUGAGCACAAUUAUUCUGAUCUAAUCCAGUUUACUUUAAAUAAACCUCCUCCUGAACUGAAUUUACAGACCUGAUGCUCUGACAACUCUGAGAAAAGAUAAAAACAAAUAAUGUCAGUGUUUUCUUUCUAUAUCUGUCAUGUGAUCGUCCCGCUGCUGCUCUCAGUGCUGUAAUGAACACAAAUAAUUCAAUAUAUUAAUAUACUUCACUUUCAUCAGAGCAGAGAGAGUCAAUGAUGAAGUGUUUCAAUAGAGGAUGUCAAACACUCUCAUGAGCUUCUUCUGCAUCUAGCAGCACCUUCAGAGAUGAGACCCAUGUGAUCUAUACCAUGACCUUUGACCUUCCUGAAAGAUGAGCCAAUCCCACUGUAUUAUGAUCUCUGUCUGUAUUUCUUACUAUGUUUAAUAAACCUACUGUACCUGAAAAAUUU